AUGGCGACUAAUAAAACCAGCCAGAAGAAACAGGCUCAAAAGGGUCAGAUUUCUUCUGAGAAAAAGCCUGACGAGGUGUCGUCAUCAGCUUCGGAUUCUGAAGACGCUCCCGAUUUGGUUGAAGACAAGAAGGCGGACGUCGGUGAUGAUAACACUAGCAAACAGUCGCGCAGCGAAAAGAAGGCGCGUAAAGCUAUGUCAAAACUUAACUUGAAGCCUGUUCCUGGCAUAUGUCGUGUCACGAUUCGCAAAGCCAAGGCAAUUAUGUUUGUCAUUAGCAAUGCUGAAGUUUACAAGGCUCAGAACGUCGAUACGUACAUAAUUUUUGGCGAAGCGAAAAUUGAAGAUAUGUCAACUCAGGCUCAAGCUGCUGCAGUGGAAAAGUUGAGAUCUCAAACCCUUGCCGGCGUGACUAAAGAGGUUAACCAGUCCAAGGAGGAUGGGUCUAUCUCGAAGACUGCUAUUGCAGAAGAGUCUGAGGAUGAGGAAGUCGAUGAAACUGGCCUUGAGGCUAAGGACAUUGAGCUAAUUAUGGAGCAGGCCAACGUUUCGCGAUCGAAGGCUGUUAAUGCUCUGCGUAAAAACAAUAACGAUAUUGUUAACGCCAUCAUGGUAAGAGGUUCACUAUUGUUUAAUGACUUUUUUAGUAUCUUUCAACCUAAAUGUUGGUCGAUUUCAGAAGAAAUUCGUGCGGACAAAUACAUGAGCUGGUUUGUAUAUUGCGAAGUGGCGUUUUUUAUGAGAUUUAUUUUGGGAAUGCUCUAA